CUCUGAAGUGUUUAUGAAAGUCCUAUCGCACACAUUCUGUGGUGCCUGUGGAGGAACAUGAAAUGUUUCUGUUGGACCACCAGUGUUCAAAGCUCCUGCAAGUCUUUGCAAGCUGGCAAUACUUUUCUCCUUCUGUGUAGAAAUACCUCUGCAGUGUAACCCACCAACCAGCCCAUGUAAAGGAUGAGAAGAGAGAGGUUGUUAUUGCCCGUAACACUAGUGUCUGUGCUGAGUUUACUGACACUACAGACAUCGUAUGGAGAACACUUGGCAGAAGAGUCCUGCACUGUUCAGAUCCUGGUCCCUGGGCUUAAAGGAGAACCAGGAGAGAAAGGACAAAAAGGUGCACCAGGGAGACCAGGAAGAGUUGGCCCUCCUGGAGAGAUUGGUCAACCUGGGCUUAAAGGUCAGAAAGGCAUAAUGGGACGUUAUGGAAAAAUGGGCCCAAGUGGAAUGAAAGGGGUAAAGGGAGACAUGGGAGAUCCAGGUCCAAGGGGCCCUAAUGGAGAUCCAGGCGUUCCAUGUGAGUGCACACCAAUGAGAAAGAUGAUUGGAGAAAUGGACAUUCUCGUGGCCCAGCUUUCCUCUGAGCUGAAAUUCAUUAAAAAUGCACUGCCCUCCCCUGCAGCUGUUGCUGGCAUAAAAGAGACAGACAGUAAGGUCUAUCUGUUGGUGAAAGAGGAGAAACGCUACUCCGACGCCGAGGUCUACUGUCAGACGAGGGGAGGGCACCUGGCCAUGCCCAAGGAUGAGGGAGCCAACACGGCCAUCGCGGGGUACAUAACCGAAGCAGGCCUGAGCAGAGUCUACAUCGGCAUUCACGACCUGCAACGUGAGGGUGUUUUCACCUACGUGGAUCUCUCUCCCAUGACCACUUUCAGCAAGUGGAGGAAAGGAGAGCCCAACAACGCCUAUGAUGAUGAGGACUGUGCUGAGAUGGUGGCCUCUGGGGAGUGGACGGACGUGGCGUGCCACCCCACCAUGUAUUUUGUUUGUGAAUUUGACAAGGACAGUGUCUGAGCUCAGCCUAUGCUUAAGAGACUGCUUAAAGAGUGUACAAAUAUAACGAAAAAAGUUAGAUGUGUUGUUUGUGCUAUACCUUGUAGACAAUAUGGACAAAAGUACUGGGACACCUAAUCAUUACGCCAAGAGGGACUUCAGUGACAUCUAAUUCUAAAUACACACACAUUAAUGUAAAGUUGGA